AUGAGCUUCCUCAACGACGUAGUGGACGCUUUCAUCGACACGUGUGACUCGCGAGUGAGGAUAUGGCCGCUGAUGGGUAAUCCCACAACGAUGCUGCUCUUGAUGCUAAGCUAUGUCGCGUUCUCAAUCUGGUGGGCUCCGUGGUUCAUGCGCAGCCGACAACCGCUCCGCGUGCGCGGGUUGGUGCGCGCGUACGACCUCCUCAUGGUCCUCUGGAACGCUUAUUUCGCCGUGGCCAUGGCGCGGUUGUCCUACUUUCACGAAGACGAACGGAAGCGCUACAGCUGGCUUUGUCAGGGACCAAACUACACACGAAGAGGGCUACCCUUGCUCAGUCUGGCCUGGUGGUACCUCGUCAUGAAGGUAGUCGAGCUCUUCGACACGGCGACUUUCGUUAUGACCAAGAGCUUGAGUCACGUGACCACGCUGCACGUCUUCCACCACGCGUCCGUCAUAGGCGUCGUGUGGAUCUCGGUUCAGACUGGCGUCCUGGGGCAGAACGUUUUCCCCAUGGUCGUCAACGCCCUGGUGAACGCGCUGACGUACUCGUACUACUUCCUCGCGACGUUCGGACCCGGAGCGCGCAAGUGGCUUUGGUGGAAGCGCUACCUGACUCAGCUUCAGAUUGCGCAGCUCGCCUCCUUUGUCGUCUUCGGAGCCGUGCCUCUCUUCGUGGACUGCGGAUUCCCGCGAUGGAUGACGCUGCUUAUGAUUGGCGUUCCGCUGGAACUGCUAGUCAUGUUUUACGGCUUCUAUCGACGGUCGUACGAGGCCAAGGCAAGCUUCGGGCGGCUGGAAGAACGCUCUCACAUUGAAGCGCACUCGAAACGCAGUUGA